UCAUUCAUAUUCUUCCAAUGCCUAACCUAACCGAUUCUCCUUUCAAAUGGAAACGCAAAUUUCAGUUUCACAAAAUUCCUUCAUUUUCAUUUUCAUUUUCAUAUUCUCUUCUUCUUCUUCUUCUUCUUCUCCUUCUCCUUCUCCUCUUCCUCUUCCUCUUCCUCUUCCUCUUCCCACAUUAUUCAUAAGCACUCUGCCCUUUUCCUUCCAUUCUCAAUUAUAAUAAUGGCCGCCUUUCGAAGAUCAUCUCUAACCGAUCAUCUCAUCGAUUGCCGUCUCUUCUUUCUCAUCCUAACUUUUAUCUCUCUCAUCCUCUUUUUCUCCGCUUCCUCCACCCUCUCUGACAUUCCCUUUUCCACUUUCGCGCCGCUCCAAUCCUUCAUCAUCGGCGCUGCCUUUCAACAGCCUCGCGCUUCGAAUUAUCGUCCGAUGACGACUCCUGAUCGUGAUUCUUCCUUUCCGAUGGAGGCAGAGAAUUCGUCGUCGUCGUCGUCGUCGCCCGAGGCUAAGAUGAAGAUUCAGUUACAGAAAUCGAAAAUGGCUGUGUGUUUAGUCGGUGGAGCGAGGAGGUUUGAGGUUACUGGACCGUCGAUUAUGGAGAACAUUCUUAAGGAGUAUCCGAAUGCGGACUUGUUUCUGCAUAGUCCGCUUGAUGAGAACACGUUCAAGUUAUCGUACUUGAAAAACGCGCCGAAAAUCGCCGCCGUGAGAAUCUUUGAGCCGAAACCGAUUCCGGAGACUGAGUCGCAACUCCGAGUUCUAACGGCGAAGAACUCGCCCAACGGCAUCCAGGGGCUUUUGAAGUAUUUUCAAUUGGUGGAAGGAUGCCUUACGAUGAUCCGAACGUACCAACAACUCAACAACUUCACCUACGACUGGGUUGUGCGGACACGUGUCGACGGGUACUGGAACGCCCCACUCCGACCCGAUUACUUCGUCUCCGGCCAUUACGUAGUGCCGUCGGGAUCCUCCUACGGCGGACUCAACGACCGUUUCGGCGUCGGAGACCUCAACACCUCCACCGUCGCUCUUUCGCGCCUUGGUCUUAUUCCUAAUCUGGAUGCCGCCGGAUUCCUCCAACUGAACUCGGAAACCGCUUUCAAGGCGCAGUUAACCACCAUGGGGGUACCGUUCGAAAGGAUGCGUUUGCCGUUUUGUAUAGUGACGGAGAGGCAGUAUGAAUUUCCGCCGGGGAGGUUUGGGGUACCAGUGGCGGCGAUGUCGAGCCGGGGGCCGCUGAGUGGGACGAAGUGUAGGCCGUGUAGGGUGGCGUGUGAGGGAGAGUGUGUGGAGAGGGUUAUGGUUUGGUUAGAGAAAGGAUGGAGUUGGACGAAUUGGGAAAAUGGGACAAUGGGAUUGUGCAAUGCGAGUGGAGAAUGGGAGAUGGGAUGGGAGAAAAUAUACGAGGAAAUGGUUGGGGCAGAAAUGGGGGAUUUGAGUUGGAAAAUUCAGAAGAUGAAGAUGAGUGAAUGUGUUCAAGGUUUUAACCAAAUGAAAAGACGAAGUGGGAUUUGGGAUUCGCCAAAUGGGGAGAAUAUUUGUAAGUUGGGUUUUAGAACUUAAUUAAUUAAUACCAAGGUCUCAAAAAAGGGUUAUAAGCUCAAAAAAUCAAUGUAUAGUUUAAAUAUUUUGGUCACACAAUGAUAUACAAAGUUUUUUAAU